AUGUCGGUAGUCCCUCGGGCUUUGAUUCGGUAUUCCCUGGUGGCAUUACCAGUGUCCCAAGCCAUAGACAAAAUUAGGUUCUGGGAGGAACCUGGCCAGGCUACCGCUGAUCGGCUUAAAUUCCUAGUACGUAAAACCGUGACUAGUUCGCCUAGUGCAGGAUAUGAUGACGUGGCACGAACGAGCCAUGAUAGUAUCGACCAUUAUCUUGAAAUUAACGACACUUAUACAAAUGGUCCGGAAUUGAAAUUCCUAAAGAACCGCUUUCCC